CAUUUGUAAAUCAAUGUCAACUGUCAGCCGGUCAGUCAUUCAUUACCCAAUAUAAUUCUGAAUUCUUUACAAAAUAAUUAAACAAUUGCAGAAUUGUUACUUGUACACCCUUCAACUCUUUUUUUAUAGUGUCUCCUUGCUGGCAAAUAAAGAUAACAGUGUUUUGGAUCCAAUGAAAUCAGUUUUAAAUUGAUCUAUUGUGAUUCACAUUUUUUUUAUUUAUAAUGGCUUCCUAAUAAGUUUUAAGCUAAGUUGCGUCGGUAAAAAUGCAGCGUAAACCAGGAUUCCCCGUUGCGAACUGCAAUAUUAAAAUGCCCGAUGGCUCAAUGCCUCCAGAAGUAGCAGGGGAUGAUGAAUGGGAUCCUCAACAUAGACGGCAGCAACUCAUAAAUUUUGGUCACUCUCAAUGGGGCUUUAAUAAUUGGAAUUGGACGGUCACAAAGCAGGACUUGGAUUUUGUUGAAUUAAUUAAUGGCAAAUACACAGCUGGAGUGGCUGCAUUUGUUAAUGUUACUAUUAAGAGUUUAGAUAUACAUCGGGAAAAUGUUGGAUAUGGAACAUCUGUUAGCCUCACUAAAGGAUCGGCUAUUCAUAGAGCCCGUAAGUGUGCUGUAACUAAUGCACUUCGCGAGACCUUAUUAAGCUUUGGAGGAUUGGUGUCCACGGAGCUCAUAGAGUUACUAGAAACAAACAAAGAAGUGCCACUGCCAGAAUCAGAUAUUCAAACAACCAAGCCAACUGAACCCAAAAACUUAGCUCGUAAUGAAGAAAUAAAUGGAACAAUUGCUAAGAGUAUACCCAACGUGCCGAGCGUGACUCCUAUACGUCCGCCGCCACCGACGAUCAAGAAUGCUGUCAAUAUUCCACCCCCUAUAGCCAAGGCCCACCCAAUGCCUGCUAACCUGCCCCCAGCAGCCAACAGGCCCCCUUUGGUCCCGCGCCCACCGCCGCCCCCCCCAGCCGUGCGACCGAACAACGUAAGUUUUAUCCUCCCUGUGAUGGGAGGCAUGGUACCACCCAUGUAUCCUCCGCCCCCGCGAAUUCCCCACGCACCCCCCAUGUACCAAAACUACUACGAAUACCCAUGGCACUUUUACGAAACGUACGACCGUCACCAUGGUAACGUUAAUUUGAACUUCAACAUGCCGCCUAAGAAUCUCGUCGUGAACAGCCGAUCGCCGCUAGAAUGCAAGAAUGCGUGCAGACAAGGUCCAAACGGCCCUGAAAUGGAUCCAAAUUAUCAUCCACAGAAUCAAGCAUGUUGGAUAAAGCCCACGAUCUUCUAUGAUGGCUUCUGGACGGAACAAAAGGUCAAGAAAUGGGUGGCCGAACAGGUUGAGAAACAGUUCCCAGAAGAUGGUUCUAAGCCUUCUUCACCUAGUAGUGGUCCAGAACCAACCGUGCCCAAAUCAUAAGCUCUUUUGUAUACUGUCCAAUAUUUGCCAACUUUAACUUUUGUUCCUUAAUGAACAUCACUAAUUUUUGCUCAUGAUACAUUUUCUUAUACAGCGGUAUACAUUUUGUCGUAUAUUCUCUGAACACGCGUUUUGAACUUAGUAAUUUACACUUAGAGUAAGUAUAUUUUUAUUGAAAUACACUAUUUUUUAUCGAUUUUUUUCAAUGUUACUAGUUCAGUAGGAUGUGGGUAUUGAUGCUUGGUGUUUAGGAAUAUUAUUUAGGAGUGAUUUUAGGCGUUAGUGUAAAAUAUGCGAUGUUAAUAAAUAUGUUUUCACAAUAUGUAAUUAUAAAAUACAAUAAUUCCCUUUAUGUAUAGAUACAUUGUAUUUAUUAGAAGUAAAAAUUUAUCGUCUCUUACAUGUUUCUCUAAUUCAAAAGGUAUGUAUCUGUGUAGCAAUUCUACCUAAAGUCAUACCUAACGGCUUAUGACAAUUAUGUGUUUUUCAGUAGAAUAGCCAAAGACACAAAAUGUCAACUAUAUUCAAACAGAAUUUACUGUCCAAGUUCAUCAUAAAUGUUUUAACAAGAACUUGGUAGUUAUAUAUAUAGCACUAUAAAUAUGAAAAAUGUCUUAACAGUCUGGACUAGUAAAUAUUACAAUUAACAUCUAUAUUUGUAUUCCAAUUUCAGGCAUUAUCACUGUAUUUUUAUUUCGAUAUGUAUUAGAACCCAUAUAUGUAUUUUAAUUGUUUCAUAGAUAUUUAUUCCCUUCAAAAAUCCAUUUUUCUAUAUAGAAAUAAGCUAUAAAUGAUUCUAGCUAUAAAUGAUGGAAUUACAAUAGGUAUUAUAUUGUGUGGUAUCAUUAUUCAAUACAUGUUUUAUUAUAAUAAUAAAUUGUUUGAAAUUA